ACAAUUAUCGUUGAUACCGUUCUCGUUACAUCGUAGUUUAAUAAAUACGAGAAACAAAUUCAUUUUUUCAAACCUUCUACGAACCGGAAGUUUCAUUCUUUUUGGAACACAAAUUUUGAGCUGGAAAAAUAAUCAAGAAAAAGUCCAAAAAUCGUGCCAAGAGAGAAUCUCCCUUUGAUAUCUUUUCGAUCGCGUAAAUCUGUUGUUGUUGUUGCGUGUCGCAAUGUCUUCGGAGUGUCCGGUGGUGCACCGCAAGUGCUCGGGCUGCCCCGCCCACGGUGAUCUUGGACGUUGGUACGAGUGCGUUGUUUGCGGCUCUCAGAUGACCGUCUGCGGAGCCUGUUUCGAUCAGGACAAGAAUCGCGUCAGCCCCAAGCACAAAUACUAUCAUCCCAUGCGUGCCUUCUACAAUAAGAAAAUGCUGGACAUCUACUUUGGCGGCGAGGAGUUGGUGAACGGCGAGGCGCCGCAGAGCUUCAAGUGUCCCUUCUGCGAUGAGCUGGGCUUCACCGCCGAGGAGCUGAUGGUCCAUGUGGAGAAGAAGCAUUCCACCCAUCCGGAUGCCAGUGCAUUGAUAAAAAUAUUGGAGACCAUGUGGAAUGCUGGCAUUGCUGGUGUUCGUGGUGGUGGGCAGGAUGCCAUGGAGCAGCAGCACUCGUGUGGUAUACAGGAUGUGGAAAAGUUAUCCACUGAGAUUCGCUGCCAGGAGAAGUCCCGCGGCGGACUGAGCUAUGAGGUCAUUCUGGCCGAACCGGCACCCAAUGUGGCCGUGCCCAAGCGUCCGGUCACCCCCGGCAAGAACGUCAGCGUCGAGGAGAUUGAGCAGAAGCUCAAGGCAGCCGAAGAACGUCGCAUUUCUCUGGAGGCCAAGAAGAUGGCUGAUAUCUCGAACAAGUUGGCCAAGGUAGAUGAGGCCACCCGCAAGAAGGAUGAGAUCACCAAUGAGUUCAUCACUCAGACCAAGGAGCAACUGGAGACCAAGAUGGAGUUGCAUGUGGAGAAGCGCGAGGCCAUCAUCAGUGACAUGAAGGAGAAGCUAAAGAUUCAUGCUCAGGAGAUUGAAAAGACGCGCGAGACUUUGGAGCAGCAGAAGGCCAAUGAGCAGAAGGCCAUCGAAGAGAAGCUUAAGAUUGCUCAGGCUUUGCGCGAUGAAAACAUUAAGAAGAUGCUCAAUCGUCUCAAGGAGCAUAACACUGUCAAAAUUGCCGAGAUUAAAUCACACCAAGAUCAAUUGGAAACACAAAAGAUAGAGGAGAAGGCGCGCAUUUAUGAGAAUAAAUUGUUCGCCGCCGAGCAGAACCGCGAAAAGGAGAUACAAAAGAAAAUCGAAAAAGUGCAAAAACUUGAGCGCCGUGCCGAGCUCGUGCGCCAGAACAAGGCCCAGACCCAGGAUAUGGAUGGGCAGCAGAAUGCCAUCGCCUCGUCGGGUUAGAGGGGCUGUGCAGGGCGUAGACCGUCAUUACUUACUGCAAAAAACAAAAAAAACAAAAAAAAACAAGAAUAGAGGGACACUACCACUACAACGGCAACACUACAUACACCAACAACACAAACACAACACAACAUAUUUAAGCGAAAACAAAAACAAAAGGCAGCAACAAAUUUGCUUCAAGACAAUUUCAAGUAUUAUAAACGACAUAGGAGGACGGGGCAGGGCAUAUCGAAUAUCUCAAGAUUCCGCUGAGCGAGAUGAGGCCCUAAAAAGAUAUAGCAACAACCAGCAACAUUUACUCACGAAACUUUUCAACAAAACACAAAGCAAAGCAAGGCAAAACCCCGAAAGAUAUAGCGGCAAAAUCAAUUUAAGCAUAAAAUCUAUAUACAACAACAAAAAAAAAAAAAAGAAGCCUUUCAAAAUACGUUUGCUUAAGUUCGAAUUUCUCGUUUUACAUUUGUUCAAUUUGAUUUUUAAUUAUAUUAAACAAUUUUUAAACACAUUCAAAGCUCCUCCUCUUACAUUCUGUCGUAAAAAUUAACGAGAAAUUCGAAACAAACGUAUUUUGAAAUAAAAGCCAUACAAAAAAAAAAUAAUUAAUUUUGCCUCGAAACAUUUGUUGUACUGCUAUUUGCCAGAAAACCAAUAUUCACAAGAUCUAUCAUUUAAACAAAUAUAUAUUAUAAAUACGUGUAUAAUUUAACCUUAUUUUUUAUCUAUUAACAUACGCAAAAAACAAUACAAAAAAAUUAAAAAAAAAAAAGGAAAACAAAAGUUGGAGCCAGUUUCGACACUAACAAUUAAAGUUUUAAGUUUCGCAUUUUCUAUCUAUAAAAUAAAUGUCAAACAGAAAAAAAUACA